AUGAGUGGAUCAGGCCGUCCAACAUACAGAACAAGGAAGUAUUCAGAUGAUCCUGCAAAGGCAUAUUUACCUACAUCUCAUCAAAUGGCAAGAUCCCUUCCUGGCCAUAUGAAAUUGAAAUAUAGACAAAAAAAAUUAUUAAACAAAGAAGAAAUGCUUUCCAAAUUGAAUGAAGCUAAAAUAGAAUCAACAUCCCUUAAAGAAGUUGAAGAUUAUGCUGAUGUUGAUGCAGAUUCUGAUUCCGAAUCAAUUGAUUCAAGUUCCAGUUCAAGUGAUGAAGACGAAGAUCAAGCAAUUCUUCAAGAGCUUGCGAGACUAAAGAAAGAACGUGCAGAGGAAGAAGAAAGAAAAGCUCAGCAAUUACAAGCUCAACAACAAGAACAAUUAACACAAAAUCCAUUACUCAAUCCUGAUUAUUCUAUGAAACUUGAUUGGAGAGACGAAACUGUAUUCAGAAAUCAACAAAUGAACGCUCCUCAACAAACCAACGAUCAUAUCAACGAUCCUGUUAGAAAUGAGUAUCAUAAGAGAUUCAUGAGGAGAUUUGUGCGAUCAUAA